AUGCCCACCAGCGUCAUGAACACCCCUACUGCUCCUCAGGGUACCAGCGUAGCUGCUGCUCCUGCUGCUCCCAACACCACCUCCAAUGCUCCCAAUACCCCCGGAGCUGAGACCCGUGGCCGUGAGCGUCAGGGUUCCUUUGGAGGUUCUACCCGGGCAAAGAUCCUCAAGCCCUUCAACACCGCCAACAUCAAGAUCCUCUUGCUUGAGAACGUCAACGAGACCGCCGUCCGCGCUCUCCAGGACCAAGGCUACCAGGUCGAGACACACGCCAAGGCAUUGGCUGAGGAUGUGUUGAUUGAAAAGAUCAAGGAUGUCCACUGUGUGGGUAUCCGCUCCAAGACCAAGCUGACCAAGAAGGUUCUGGAUGCGGCUGAGAAGUUGGGCGUCAUUGGAUGUUUCUGCAUCGGCACCAACCAGGUCGAUCUCGAGCACGCUGCUUCCAAGGGUAUCGCCGUCUUCAACUCGCCCUUCUCCAACUCGAGAUCUGUCGCCGAGUUGGUCAUUGCUGAGAUUGUCCUCUUGUCUCGUCAGUUGGGUGAUCGCAACAACGAGAUGCACCAGGGUAUCUGGUCUAAGGUCUCGGCUAACUGCUACGAGAUCCGUGGCAAGACUCUCGGAAUUAUUGGCUAUGGACACAUCGGAUCGCAGCUGUCAGUCCUCGCAGAGUCAAUGGGCAUGCGCGUCUUAUUCCACGACGUCGUCCCCCUGAUGCCCCUGGGCACCUCAAAGCAGGUCGGCUCCCUCGAUGAGCUCCUUGAGAACUCGGACUUUGUCACCCUUCACGUCCCCGAGACCGAGGAAACAAAGAACAUGAUUGGCGAACACGAACUCUACAAGAUGAAGCAGGGCUCCUUCCUCAUCAACGCCUCCCGCGGAACUAUCGUCCAGAUCUCUGCCCUCGCAAAGGCCCUCCGUUCCGGACACAUUGGCGGCGCCGCCGUCGAUGUGUUCCCCAAGGAACCCGCCGCCAACGGAAAGUUUUUUGAGUCUGAACUCAUCGGAUGCCCCAACACCCUUCUCACCCCCCACAUUGGAGGCUCGACCGAGGAGGCCCAGUCGAUGAUCGGUGUCGAGGUCUCCCAGGCCUUGAUCAAGUUCAUCAACAACGGUACCUCGAUCGGCGCCGUCAACUUCCCCGAGGUCGACCUCCGUGCCAUUCGUGACGAGGAGAACUCGAUCCGUCUCUGCUACACCCACGCCAACGUCCCUGGAGUCUUGCUCAGGAUCACAAACAUUCUCGCGGACCACAACGUCGACAAGCAGUUCUCGGAUUCCAAGGGUAAGAUCGCUUACCUUAUGGCCGAUAUCUCGGACGUCACCCCCGAGCAGAUCCAGGAUAUCUACCGUCGUGUCAGUGAGACCCCCACCAACAUUGUCACCCGCGUCUUGUACUAA